GGGGUGUGACGCCAUAACCGCGCGCCGCUCCCAGGUGUUCUCGCAAGGUCGCUUUGCGGGGCGGAGGCGUAUGUAGGUGACUAAACCCUAGUUUGGGGUCGCGCUGUGUCCUUUUGCCUCUGUGUCAGCGGCGACAUGUCGGGGUACACGCCAGAUGAGAAACUGCGGCUGCAGCAGCUGCGAGAGCUGAGAAGGCGAUGGCUGAAGGACCAGGAACUGAGCCCUCGGGAGCCGGUGAUGCCCCCGCAGAGGACGUGGUCUCUGGAGAAAUUCUGGAAUAAGUUUUUGCAGGAUGGGACCCCCUGGAGGAAGUUGGUCUAUAAGACAUACUAUCACAGUGUCUUUGCUUUUACUCGUGUACUUGUACCUGCUUGGAUUGUUCAUUAUUAUUGCAAAUAUCAUGUGACUAAAAUACCAUAUGGCAUCGUUGAACGGAAGCCCAGAAUAUUCCCAGGUGAUACAAUUCUGGAGACUGGAGAAGUAAUUCCACCAAUGAAAGAAUUUCCUGAUCAACAUCAUUGAAGAUUACUUACAAAUUUCAAAGGCUUAUUAUUAGCCCAAGUUUGUUCCUACAUUACCAUAUUUACUGAAUAUAUUUUCUGGAAAAGUGACUUUAAUAAAGUUAACUCUCAGAAA